GUUUUAUAUUACAUCGGUGUUUGGUACCGUUCUGCAGCGGAUACAGCACUACUUAUAAUAAUUUAUAAUUCUAUAUAUAUUUGAAUUAAUUAUUAUUUAUACAUAAGUCUCUUUGUGUCCUUGUCUCUGAUUGGCCGGGGCAGGAGAAUGAGUCCUGUGUGGCUAUUGGUGGCCGUGGUGGUUAUGGGCGUGGCCAAAGGAGCUGUCGGUCAGUGCUGGGAGCAUCCGAGCUGCCAGGAGCUGAACUCUGAGAGCAGCAUGAUGGAGUGCAUCCAGCUUUGUCACUCCGCUCACCUCACCGCCGAGACCCCCGUCAUCCCAGGCAACGCCCACCUCCAACCGCCUCCUCCGUCAGACUCCUCCUCCUCCCUUCAGGCCAAACGCUCCUACUCCAUGGAGCACUUCCGCUGGGGUAAGCCCGUCGGCCGCAAACGCCGCCCGGUCAAAGUCUACACCUCCAACGGCGUGGAGGAGGAGUCCUCCGAGGUGUUCCCUGGAGAGAUGAGGAGGCGGGAGCUGGCCAGUGAGCUGCUGGCGGCGGUGAAGGAGGAGGAGGAGGAGGUGAUGGAGGAGCAGAUUGUGGGCGGCGUCCAGGAGAAGAAGGACGGUUCGUACAGAUUGAAGCACUUCCGCUGGAGCGGCCCGCCGGCCAGCAAACGUUACGGCGGCUUCAUGAAGAGCUGGGACGAACGCAGCCAGAGGCCUCUGCUCACGCUCUUCAGAAACGUCAUCAACAGAGACGGACAGCAGCAGAAGUGAGACCAAGACGGACGAGGACUUUUUACACAGGCAGCGAAGACUUCUCAUUGGACCAGGGGAAGCUCGUUAGCAGACUAAUUAGUCGACCAAUAAGAAGCUCUGAUCCUGAAUGA